AAUGUCACAACCGUCCGAAACUAAACAAUCAAUUUAAAGUGGCAGAAUGGUCUUACAUCCAUCUCUAAAGUUAGAUAAAUCAGCAGCAUUUUUCAAAAACACAAGAGUUAGUUCAUGUUCUUAUGUAAGAAUGAAAUAAGGUAAUCCAUAAGUAAAAAUAUUAUAUUUUAUACUAAUAGGCUGUUCCAUUUUAUGAAAUAGCCAAUAAAACACCUGCUGAACAUGAAACUAAAUCUACAUAUACAACAUCAUCUUAUGCGUAUUUAAAUAUAAUAAUAUAAAAGAGAUGAUUAUAAAGUAAGACCCAAUUUACAUGUUGGAUCUACUAAUAAAUUAUUAGAACCAUAUAAUACAGGAUCAUUUAGAUCUAGAUUACCAGAACCAGAUGCUCCAAUUUUAACUAAAAAUGCUUCUUAAAUAGAAUUAGGAGAUAGACAGUAAGAUAAUAAUAUAGAGUUUAUAGUUUUAAUGUAAAAAGACAUUUCUUAAGCACUGCUCAUAAUGUCUAUGGAAAUUUUGGAAAAUAAGGAAAUAUUACAAAUCCAGGAAUAUUAUCAGAGAAAACAAAAUGGCACCAUCAUUUAUAAUAAAAAUGAU